UCACACAAUGUUACCCAUAUCAUGGCCAGUGUCGGUGGUUUUAGCUCUAUUCAUGACAGCAAUACAUAUUGUCUAUCGCAUUGGCGAAAGUCCUGACUAUGCACCUAAUUUACCUGUGCUAUUUGGCGAAAUUAUUAUGUUGGCUAGUGCAUCCGUAUCCGGUUUAUAUUAUCGUAUAAUGUCAGAUGCUGCCCACACUCGUACCGUAGAUGGUACACGCACUGGCAUCGAACAACGUGUAAAAUUGGAAUGUGAACGUGAACAACAGGAACAAUUAUUGCUAAGUGUAAUACCGGCUUACAUUGCAGCUGAGGUUAAACGUAGCAUAAUGUUAAAAAUGGCCGAUGCUUGCCAACGGGCUGGUGGUCAAACAAAUUCAUCGGCCACACGUUUCCAUGAAUUGCAUGUCCAAAGGCAUAACAAUGUUUCUAUUUUAUAUGCAGAUAUUGUCAAUUUUACACCGUUGUCUGAGCAACUGACCGCCAGUGAUUUGGUUAAGACUUUGAAUGAUCUUUUCGGACGUUUUGAUCAAAUUGCACAGAACAAUGAAAAAACUUCGGAGGACAUUCACUUAGAUGACCUGUAUACAAGAUAUCGACAACGUUUGCGUAAAUCAUUGUUCCGCUCUGGUCUACUAAUAUCAUUGGCAGCAUGUGUGGUUUCCAUUAUUAUAGGUGUCAUUUACCAACAGCAAUUAUUACAAACACUAUUACUGGCAUUGGCUACAUUAAUAUCGGCUAGUAUACUCACAGCCCUACAGUUUCCAGCUGUAUUGAAUUCACCGGUGGCUGCUUUGGCUUUUGCUAUUGUAACAACAUUUUCAUUGGGAACGAUAGCAGCAAUUACGGGUGAAGAAUUGGCGCCAUUACCAUUAUUUGCUGUAUUCCUGGUAAGUAUAUGUUUGAAUGUUCGACACGAACAGCAACAGCAGCAGCAUCAACAACAUCAUCAUCAGCAAUUGAUGACUGUCCACCACAAAAAGAAAACACGUCAUCAGUAUUUCAGUUGUAAAAUCUCAUAUAUUAUCCUCCUUCUACAUACUGUACGUUUUGUAUAA